AACGCCGUUCUGAGCUGGAGCAGGAGCAAAAUACGAGCUCGAAGGAAAGUUCAGUGUAAAAAGGGAAAUAACCCAUUUUUCUAAGUGGUUUAUGUAAGCAUUUAGUGCUUGAAAGUGUAGAAAGUCCCACACAAACUGUUGACAAAAAACGAGGUUAGGUGUUUUGUGUUUACCUCUGAUCCGUAUUGGCGCCGUAGUAGUGUUUGACAGGCGUGUGUGUGCGUGUGUGCGCGCGUAUCGUGUUGGAAUCAUAUCGUAGUGGCCAACUUGGUCGAGAUUAAUCGUGUGAUCCAACGGGAGGCACAAAUAUAACUGCUGCCCUUUACUGCUCAGCCCAGCGCACCGUUCGCAAUUCGCAUAAACAUCGAAAAACAUCCCUCAAAAUGGGUGGGAAGCGUACGAAAGGUAACACCAAGCCUUCGAGCAGUGGCCGCAGUGCGGAACUGCUCGGUACAUCCGUGCCGACGCUGUUCGGGUUCGCCGCACUGGACAGCACGAGCAUGCCGGUUGUGCCCGGGUUCGUACAGAUCGAUGCAAACCACAGCGCCGAGAGCGAGAUGGACCCCAACCUGGACGAUACGCUGCAGAUCGUGUUGCGCAAGAUGCUGAAGAAAGAUCCAACCACCAAGAAGAAAGCGUUGGUCGAGUUUACCGAGCUGAUGAACACGGUCGAGCUGGACGUCGUGAAAGCGGUACUGCCGUUUUGGCCCCGGCUGUUCGUUAAUCUGUCGACCGAUGCGGAACACCGGGUGCGUGAAGCAACGCAGCAAGCGCAGGCGGCAAUCGUUAGCCGUGCUGGAAAGGAAAUUGCACCCUUCCUGAAGCAGCUCGCUCCGGCCUGGAUUUCGUCGCAGUACGAUACGUACGGUCCGGCCGCCAGUGCAGCGCUAAAUUCGUUCAACAGUGCAUUCCCGCCGGGCAAGGUGAGCGACGUGUUUGUGUUUUGUGAGAGCGAAAUUCUGGAGUAUUACACGAAAAACCUUACCAUCCACACGGCCAUCACACUUAGCAAUCCGAAGUCGCAUACGCCGGAAGAGUGUGAAAACAAGUACCAGCGUGUGCUCAUAUCUAGCUUGCGGGGCUAUGCGCUCUACCUGAGCCGAAUUCCUCCGGAGAGUUUGAAGAAAUCGGCCGACAAGAAUGCAAAGCUGCUCGAGAAUCCUAAAUUCUGGACGUAUCACAAGCACAAAACGGCCGCCAUUCGAUCCGCCUGGUUCGAGGUCAUUUCCGCACUGUUGCAGUACGCACCGUUUCUGGUGGAGCAGCACCAGGCGCAGAUAACGACCAGUGUGUUCCAAUUCCUGGACGAAACCGACCCGACGGUUGUGACGCACGUGUGGAGCUCGAUUGUACUGAUCCAGGCCAAUCUAACCGGCUGGCACACCCAUCUAAACUUCGAUAAGGCCGUGUUUCCGAAGCUGUGGAAGCUGCUGAAAAGUGGUGGUGCAGGAAAUGCUGCCUGCGUCUAUCCCCACAUGCUUCCGCUCGUGUCGGGAUUUACGCGCGAGGUGCUCGGCGACGAACGGCUGGCCAAAUUUUACCACCACUUCUUCGAGAGCAUGAACGAAGGGCUGCAAGCGGUGCAGUCGAGUCGAGCGGAUGUUACCGCCGUUUCGCAGGCAUACUACGAAGCCUUCCAGUACGUGGUGUUGCAGGCACUGCGCGACGAAACGAUGCUCGAAUCGGCACGGGAAGAUUUUUGUCUGCACCUGCUCGAUCAGCAUCUAAUCGGGGUGAUUGCCUGGUGCAUUACGAGCGAAGCCGCGCAAGGCAAGUAUGUGUUCCAGAGUAUGGCCAACUUGCUCGAUCACUGGUGCCAACAUAGUGCCACCCACAAGCUGUACGUCCGGCUGCUCGAGACGUUCUGGGAGCGAUUGUACGGCGUCGUGAAGGAGAGCGUCCACUGCAAGGAUAAUGCGGCGAGCAUAACCGACUCACACGUCGAGCUGGUACAGAACCUACGUCGAACGUCGCACAAACGGGUGAAAUUUGCCGUCGAAAAUCCAAGCACGGAUGCGGUGGAUGGUGAAGCCUGUCCGCUAACGACCGGCGAUCAUGCGAAUCGGUUCGAGAAUCAGCUGCAGCUGCUCGUUUAUCGCAUCUGUCAGCUGUACAUUGCGAAGAUCAGUGUCGAUCGCGACGAAGGCUACAUACUGCAGCUGGAGUAUCUUGUGCGGGCGUUCCAGUGCCGGGAACUGUUUGUGUUUUUGGCGCACGACAGCGAAAACAUCAAGUGUCUGUUCGAUACGUUUGCCAGGUGGUUGCAGGACGCCAAGCUACAGUCGGAAUACGUCGUAGAGUUGGUCAUGAUCCUGUACAAAUAUCUCAGCGCCGAGGAACGGUUAGCGCUGCUAAACAAAUGGAUAAAGAUGUCGAACAAAACCGUGCAAAGCUGGAUCAUCCUGCGCGCCCUUAGCCAUCCCCUAUGCCAGGAGCCGAACAUCAGGCUGUUCCUUUCACAGCCCGAAGUAGCCAGCAACAUCAUCGAAUGUGCUGUCGGCGUCGCCAGCGGUAACACGAAAGACAAUAUGAUUCUGCUUCAGAAAUGCUUCUUCGUAGCGAGCAACGGUGAAAUACUGAUCGAUCCGGAAACGUGCCGGAAAAUCAUCCAAACCGUCACGAACCCGACACAGGACGCAUCAAAGCCGGAGCUGCACGAUGGGUGUAUAAGCUUUCUCGCACAAAUAAUGCCCGUCAUAUGCGGUGACGCCAGGCUCACGGAAUUGCACCGCACGCUGUUCUGUACGCUGUUCGAGUUUAGCGUGCAUCAUGUAGUCACCGAGCAGCUGUCGGAAGAUACACUGUGGGAAGCAACGACCGCUUGGCAGGAUGCCCUUGCCGGAGAAGACAUUGAGCUGGACGAUACACUCAUCACACGGUGCAUGGGUACGAUCGAUGAUCGGCUGUGCACGCUUGCCGCCGCACGGAAUGAAGAGCAGGACGUACUGAUGCUGCUGGAGAAGGUGACCGAAAUAGCGGCGAAAUUAAUUGCCUGUGCCACCGAAUCGAGCAAACACGACAAACCGAAACGCUACCAACAGAUCGAUGCCAUGUUGAAGCAACUGUUCGAAAAGCGAAUGACCGAGGUGCGCGGGCAAACGGAAGAGAUAGCGCAUCUGGCGGAAUAUAUCGAGCUGCUGCAGGGACGACUCAUUACGCAGCAAUCGAAGUGCGACACCGCGCCAACACUGUCGAAGGAUCAGUUUGUAGUUUACAUGAGCAAUACUCUCAUGCGAGCACUCUGCGCAGUGGGCAUUGUGCUGAAGCUAUCCUGCAAAUCGAAGCUUACGCCAACGAAAAGUGAGUCCAGUGAAGGAAUGGAUGUUGAUGAACCGCCGGCGGAAGAUGAUAUGGAUGUGUGCGAGAGCAGUGACGAUGCGAACGAGGAGCUGUGGAUUCUGCACUCGUGGUCGGAUUUGAUCUACGAGAAGGUACUGUCUGUGAUAUAUUUGGCCUCCGUCGGGGAUACGGUGCUGUACAGCACGGAACAGCUUGAAUCCAUCGUUGAGGGUUUGAUACUCGCGGUGCAGGAGAAGCUGUCCCUGCUGCUAAGAAACGUAGGCCGUGACAUCGUGCAGGAGCUCAAGCAGAAACUGUUUGCCUUGGCGAACGAGCACGGUAUGCUGUGGGCAAAGAGUCUCAACACGCUGUUUGCGAUCGACCAGUACGCGGACGAGGAGAAUGGGCCCGUCCUGCUCUACGAGGAUGCUUCAACCGUUGCAACCAACAGUGAGGAGCUGGUGGCGUACAUCAACAUUGUGCAGUGUUUAAGCGCCAAAAUGAAACCCAAAUGUCUUCCGAUCGGUCCGAACCUGUUCGAAAACUAUUUCGACCUGAUGGUUAAGCUGUCGGCCGCCCGCUGCCUGAUAGAGAACCAUUUCUCCACCAACUACAACGAGCUGAACGAUAGGAAAAUCAUUGGCAACUGUUUGAUUGUGCUGCACGAGCUCAUCACCAGACAGGCGGCCAACAAGCUGCUGCUCUACAAUUGCGAUCUUGCACAAACCGACGGAAACAAGCUCUUCCUCGACGUGGAGGUGGCAAACGUGCUAACGGUGGUGUUGCGCCAUUUUCCCUCCGAGCUCGACGUCCCGAAGUGGGAUUUCAUCCGCAUCGCGCUUAGUUCGUGGACGCUUUCCGUCGCCAAAAGCUUCCCGCACUACCGUACGCACAAUAUAUCGCUCUUCGUAGCUGCCCUGUUCAGAUUGUUCAGUGGGCUGAUGCAGUACUUUGCCGUCGAGCGAACACGAAGCUCCACGGACCUGCUGACGAACGUGAUCGAGGAGUGGGACAAUGUGUUCGCGAAGGAUGUGAAUCUGGUGCUGCUGAAGGCAUUUAUUGGAAUUGUUAAUGCGUUAGAUUGCCAACGAAAAUCGGAUCACUAUUUUAUCGAAAGCAUCUGCUCAUACGUGGAAGCGAUCGAUUUUAGCCACGUCUUUAAGGCCAAUAAGGUGGACUCAAACACAUCCCUGGACGAUCUGAUUGCGUUCGCACUCACCAACGUUCGCCACUGGAAUAAACGGGUCCGGUACGCGGCCACCGCAAUGCUAAAGUCACUGUCGGCCGGACUGGUGCAACGCGAUCAGGAGCAGCUGCUCAAGCGAUCUGACGCAUCCGAACAGCAGCAGCAGUCCGGCGAACAGCCAGACGACGAUGAUUGGCAUCUGUUGCAGCGUUUCAGGCUCCAGCUCGAUCAAUACCACGACGAUCUGCUGGCCGAUUUUGUGACCGAUUUCCACUACAAACCGGCCGACGUGGAAGCGACCCUGUCCGCGGCAGAGCGUGAGAAGCAGCGAGCAGUUCGAUCGCACUGCCUUUCGUAUCUGUUGCUGUGGGACUGUAUUCUCGGUAUCUGUGCCAAAGCGUCGUCCGAGUUACGAUCCAUCUACACGUCCUGGAUCGCGCGCAAUGAAUUUGAAGAACUUCUCCUGCCAGUACUGUUCAAGCUGAUGCCACCGGAAUUGCUGCGUAAUCCGGACUCGUGUGCCGUUUACGGGCAGGCAAUGUUUUCCAGCAUGGAGUGGAAUCAGAUCAAAAAUCCGAGCACAAAGCUGGAACGGUACGCCUGCCAUCUGUACGCGCAAACGCUUCGCCACCUGCCCGUCAUCGUGCGCCGAUGGUUUAACGGAUUGAAUCAUCGCUAUUCGGCGAUCGUUAGCAAAAUAACGGCCAACUCGGUGUCGGGUUUGCUGUGUCAGGAAGAGUUUCAGGCACUGAUCGAUCGCAAGGAUCGGCAGGACAAUAUGCAGAUCAAGGUGCAUUCCGCGUUGCGACAGGUCAUGGCGGUCUAUUCGAUCGAUGAGGCAAAGAUCGAGCUGCACAUUACGUUGCCGAGCAAUUUCCCGCUCGGUGCGGUAACGGUGGAAGGUGGAAAACAGAUCGGAGGUCGGCUGCAGUCCCGCCAGGUCGUUAUGCAACUGUCGAUCUUUCUGACUCAUCAGAACGGCUCCAUUAACGAUGGAUUGUCGCUGUGGAAGCGCAACUUGGAUCGGAAGUUUGAGGGUGUCGAGGAAUGCUACGUGUGCUACAGCGUUAUCCAUCAAGACACCUGCCAGCUGCCAAAACUGUCCUGCAAAACGUGCAGGAAAAAGUUCCACGGACCCUGCCUGUACCGGUGGUUUAGCACGAGCAACAAAUCGACGUGCCCGAUUUGCCGACAUAUUUUCUAGGCUGUGUGCUGCUUGCUAGAAGGGUAGAGACGCACAAACAGUAACAGCAGUCGAUGUGCUGCGUACGUACUGUUAAAAGCCACUAGGUAGGAUCGUGAAGAUAGUAGGAAGUCUUUAUUUAAGCAACAAACACACACACACACACACACACACACACACAAUGAUGAGUAAUUAAAAUCGAUGCGAACGAAAGAAUUAUGUAGCGUGUGUCGUCUAUGAAUUGUUAGCCAUCGUCGUUCGAAUCCAAUCGUGAUAGUAUGACACGCGGGCAAACCCGUCCGGGAAACCUUUGGCGCAUGGGACGGCAAAGUUAGCGACACCAACCAGCUUGCCAUCGUAAGCAAGCGGUCCACCAGAAUCACC